AUGGCCGCCCAGCUGGAUGAUGGCCUGCCCAUACCCAUCAUCGACUUUGCGCCCCUGCUCUCCGAUGACUGUAGGCAAAGACUGUACACCGACGCCGCAAAGGAGCUUUAUCUCGCGUUCAAGAAUAUAGGCUUUGCGUAUAUAAAAAAUUACGGAACUCCUCCCGAGGUAGUCGACGAGGCGUUUGCCUGGAGCCACCGGUUUUUCGCCCUGCCGCAGGAGGAAAAGGACAAGGUGCCUCACCCGCCGGAGGGAUGGAACCAUCGCGGCUACUCAACAGUAGGGCGUGAGAAGGUAUCGCAGAUGGUCUUUGACAAGGCGGGCAUCGCGAAGCAGCGCAGGGUGCCGGAUAUGAAGGAGUCGUUCGAGAUGGGCAACGAAAAGGCAGCGCGCGCGCGCAACAUCUGGCCGGCCGAGGAGGUCCUACCCGGCUUCCGCCGCUUCUUCACAGACUUCUUCGAAGCUUGCUACCAACUGGAGGUGAAGCUGCUCCGAGCCAUCGCCGUCGGCAUGGGCCUGGACGACGGCUUCUUCGUCGACUACCACCGGAACAAGGACAACCAGGUUCGGCUGCUGCGGUACCCGCCCGUCGAGGAAGCGCUGCUGGCGGCCGGCAAGGUCGACUGCAUCGGCGCGCACACGGAUUUCGCCACCCUCACCAUGCUCUUCCAAGACGCCGCCGGCGGGCUCGAGGUGGAGCGGAAGAGCCAAAAGGGACGCUUCGACAAGGCGCCGUACGUGCCGGGGACCAUCGUCGUCAACAUUGGCGACUUUCUCAUGCGCUGGAGCAACGACGAACUGACGUCGACGAUGCACCGCGUCCGAACAUCGGCCCCAGCCGACAGUGGCGAGGCAGCAGAAUCCGGUGACGGCUCAGGGCCCCGCCGCAUGACGCGCGAGCGCUUCUCGAUCCCAUACUUUGUGGCGGCCGACAGGGAGCGGAUCAUCGAUUGCGUGCCGGGGUGCUGGGGACCGGACAGGCCCAAGAAGUACGAGCCCAUCUCUGCGGGCGAGUACGCCGAUAUGCGGUUGAAUGCGACGUACUGA